UGUAUUACUAGGUGACUUGCGUGGAUGGGAUUUCGGUUUAACUACCCUGCCAUUUAUAAGUCUAAGAAGGCUCCGAGUGUAGUAUGCUCUGGACUGUACCUCGCUGCUCGUUUCUUCUGUAGCAAGUGGAGCCAUAACAAUCCUCUGAAGGAUAAAUGGCUUGCUAGGAUUGACAGGAAUUCGAUUGAUGUGUUUGCGCUCCAUGAACGUAUGCAACUAUGUGCCAAGAGGAGGUCCCUCUUGGUUGGCAAAAGCUGCCAUGGGCUGGCCGUUCAACUUGGUCUGGUUGCAGAUACUCUCACCUGCAAUAUUCUAAUCAACCUGUACACGAAAUGUGGCUGGAAUGAUUGCGCUCGUUAUGUUUUUGAUGCAAUGCUUGUCAGAAGCAUAGUCUCGUGGAAUACCAUGAUUGCUGGAUAUACACGCAGCGGAGAGGAUGUACAAGCUCUGAAGCUUUUUUCAAGAAUGCACCGGGAAGGGACACCGCUGAGUGAAUUUACUUUAUCCAGCACAAUCUGUGCAUGUGCUGCAAAAUAUGCUAUCAAUGAAUGCCGACAAUUACACACUGUUGCGCUCAAGCUCGCGCUGGACUCCAAUAGCUUUGUUGGAACAGCAAUUCUAGAUGUUUAUGCAAAAUGUAAUAUGAUCAAGGAUGCCUGCUGGGUUUUUGAGAAGAUGCCUGAUAAGACUGGAGUUACAUGGAGUUCAUUGUUCGCAGGAUAUGUGCAGAAUGGCCUUCACGAAGAAGCAUUGUUUUUAUUUCGGAGUGCCCAAAGGGAAGGAGUAGAAUUGACUGAAUUCACUCUUUCUGCUGUCAUUAGCGCUUGUGCAAGCUUAGCAUCAAAAAUUGAAGGGACACAACUGCAUUCAGUUAGCGUGAAAUGUGGUUUUCAUGGGAACUUGUUUGUGGCAGCAUCCCUUGUGGAUUUAUAUGCAAGGUGCGGUCAGAUUGAAAAAGCUUAUGCAGUAUUCGCUUACAUGGAACAUAAGAAUGUUGUCAUAUGGAAUGCAAUGAUUGCUGGUUUUUCGAGGCAUGCCCACUCUUGGGAAGCUAUGAUUCUGUUUGAGAAAAUGCACCAGUUAGAGCUUUUUCCGAACGAAGUGACCUAUCUUUCCGUGUUAUCUGUGUGCAGUCAUGCAGGUUUAGUUGAAGAGGGUCGUCACUACUUUAACCUGCUAAUGUCUGAUCAGACUGUUGAACCUAAUGUCCUUCACUAUUCUUGCAUGGUUGAUGUUCUGGGACGAUCUGGGAAGACUGAUGAGGCCUGGGAACUGCUUCACAAAAUGCCAUUUGAACCAACUGCCUCUAUGUGGGGAUCUUUGCUUGGGUCAUGCAGGAACUACACUAACAGUAGACUAGCCAGAAUAGCAGCUGAGCAGCUUUUUCAACUUGAGCCUGACAAUGGAGGUAAUCAUGUUUUGCUCUCAAAUGUAUAUGCUGCCAGCGGGAACUGGGAAAAUGUUGCGAUGUCAAGGAAAUAUUUGAAGGAUAGUGGUGCAAAGAAAGAACCAGGCAGGAGUUGGAUUGAGGCAAAGGGAAAAAUUCAUGUCUUUGUUGUUGGAGAGAGAAAGCAUCCAGAAAUCAGAGAUAUACAUAAUAAGUUGGAGGAAAUCUAUGAUGAUAUGAGAAAAAUUGCUCGCAGAACCAAAAUAGAAUGUGAUCUGCAUGAUGUUCAUGACGACCAAAAAGAGGAGCUGCUUAAAUACCAUAGCGAGAAGUUAGCACUUGCUUUUGGUUUAAUUUGCUUGCCUCCUAAUAUGCCAAUAAUAAUACACAAGAACCUUAGGAUCUGCGGAGACUGUCAUUCGUUCAUGAAGGUUGCAGCCCAUAUUACCGAACGUCUAGUCAUUGUCAGAGAUACCAAUAGAUUUCACCACUUUAAGAAUGGCUCAUGUUCUUGUGGGGACUUUUGGUGAUUUUGGACUGAAUGGAGAGUGCAACUAUCUAACAGUGGUACUGUCUUCAUGUAGCAAAUUAUUGCCUCUCAGUAGUGGCACUGCAGCACCAAAGAUCUA